CGAUAAUCACUCAUUUCUAGCUCAAGGAAUUAUAAGAUAAAACGUAGUAGGUGUAGUUGGACUGACUGAAGAGGCAUUUCAAUCAUGGGAAAAAUUAAGAGGAUUCGACAGAAAUACCACGCCACUCUCAAGAAGGAAAAUGGCAAGGAAUCACAGCCUACCAUUCAAGCUUCAAGUGAGCAACAGCUGAAGCCUGUGAUUGAAACGACAGAUGCUGUGUCUUCACAAAGUGAUAAUUUGUUUUCUGGGAUAAAGAUUAGAUUGGAAGAUAUCAAGAACUCAUCAGAAACUCUGGCACAUGACGAUUUUGAUAAAAUGAGUAUUUCGUCAGCCUUAGUAGGGAAGCAACAUGAAGGCGUUUCAAAAAAAGAACGAAGAAAGCAAAGGAGGGAAGAAUUGUUGAAAACAAUUGAUACCGUAAGGGCAUGUGAAAGAGAAGCCAAGGAAAGAAAAAAAAGAGAGAAAACAGCAAUUGUUGGAGAUGUCCAUCCAUUGCUCAAUGCCCUUCCAUCGUUAGAGGAAGUUCUUGCUGUAUCUUAUCAGAAUAAACGCCCUGUUUCUAAUAAAGUUAGGUCAACCAAAAAGCAGAAAAAGGCAACAGAAGAAAUGAUGGCUGACAUACAAAUGUUUGUUGCAGUGAACAAAGACCAAGAAUUUAUCAAAGAUCCCUUUGCAGCAGCUUCUAAAGCAGUACAAAAUAGAGUUUUAUAUGAAGAUGAACAGAAUAAUAAAAAGUAAGAAGAUUUA